CAGCCAGCGUUCGUCCGUCCGUCUAUCCGUGCGUGUCCCGUGCAUCUCGCCAGUGCGUCGUUCUCUCUGCGCACUGUUCUGUUGCACGCGAGGGAGCGCGCGUCUUUUCCCCUCCACUUAACCUCUCGUCGACGCGGACGCAUCGUGCCUCGCCGCGGAGCGGCACGCCAGUCAGUCGGUUUUUAUCUAUCGCGUGGAGUGGCGCGCGGCGGCUUGGCGCGUCAACAGCCACAUAGAGAGGAAGAGGGAGAAAGAAAGAAAGAGAGAGAGAGAGAGAGAGAGAGAGAGAGAGCGGCUUCGACGCGUUCGGACGAACCGUCAUUCCUCGCAGAGAUUGCCAAGCGGUCAUUCGUAAGCUACAACUCGUUUACUACGACGUGCUGCUGUUGUCGUCAUCGUUAUCAAGACUAUCGUCAUCAUCUUCAUCAUAAUCAUUGUUGGUUUCGCGUCGCGCGCGCGUCCCGACCGGAAGGUAGGCUAGGUGCGUCGCCUCGUUGGAGGGGCAAGAAGAAGCGCGCCUCGUGGGGCCCCGUGCGGGAUUGCGAGCAGCGAGACCGGAGCGCGCAGCGGCGGUCGGCCAUUGUGCUUUCUUCGCGUCGCCGACUGAACCGCGCCGAGUUACACUGUCGUCAGUGUGUAUCGUCAUCGGUGUCGGUGUACUCUGUGCUGACUGGAGACUGUAUACCAGGUGAACUCGUAAUCGAAGAGCGUGUGUGCGUACGUACGUACGUGUCAGUCGUUGCCCGGCUACUAUCAUCGAAGCGCUCGCCGCACGACGGAACUCCGCCGCCGACGUCGACCGCAGCUUCCUCUCAUCGCGGACUAGUAUCACAGGGAUGCACGGGGACGAAUCUGCGGGACGGUGCGUACGAGCGACGUGGACGCGCCGGUGAAGGCGGUGGAGGCUGAAGAGGAACGAAGGAACGAAGGAGAACAAGAAGAGAGAGCGCGAGGAGAGAGAGAGAGAGAGAGAGAGAGAGGGGGUUACGCACGGCGAAGAAAUGAAAUGUGCGAAGAGAGCCAUUAGGAAUCAGCUCCGGGCGAGUGUCAUUCACCCUGCGAACGCAUCGUAAAAAGAAGAAGAAGAGGAAGAAGCGAAAGCAGAAGAACCGUCACGAAAGAGAAUCGACCGAGCGACCGUGUGUGCGCACGCGAGAUCGGCGUUCCCGAGCAAUUGGUCGACCAGAAUCUCGCGAUCGAAUCUUUCGGCGAGCAUCACUCGUCAGCGCGCGUCGCGGCACGCGCACUCGCCACACAUCGUCGUCGUCGGGCCUGCAACGCCGGCGUCAAAGUGAAAGGCGCCUCCAAGUGGCCGGCGCCUGGCCGAGAGAGUGCAUCGCGGAACUAGCGCGCGACAUUUUCCGCGCUAUACAGACGGCACCAGGUCGAGAAGAAACCCGCCCGCUAGCUAACGCGCGACUCAUCGGAUCCGCGACACGCAGUCACUCUCUCUCUCUCUCUCUCUCUCUCUGUCUGUCUUCCUCCCCCUCCCUCCCACCCUCCCUCCCUUUCUCUCUCCUCGUCGGAGUCUUCUUCCGCGUCGUCCAUUAAGGCGUCGAUACACACCGCUACGCUGUGCAAAGAUGUAUGAGGCGCUGCACACUCUCCACGAGGGAUAAUCUUCUCGGCUGCUCUCGCGCGUCUGGUCGCGACGUCUCGUCGAGAGCGCAAGUCAGCGAGAUCAUCCCGGUCGGUCUGCUGCGGCCGCCCCGCGUACGGCGGCUGUAUUAUAAAUAGAGACAGAAGAGAGAUUCUGCCUAAACGACUGCCCGUGCGUCCGAGGGAGAUCUCGCGGCCUGUCGACGCCCGCGGCCAGACGGGGCCCGAUCGCUCGUCGUCGCCGGUGGAAUGCACGAUUGUGAGAAGCUGCCGAGGAGCGUACGUGGGGACAGAGCACCGCGACUGAGGAUGGUCGCGCGGAAUCCGCCGUCGCCAACGAGUGCCGAUUGUGCGAUCGAUAAUGCGACCGCCGUCCCCGCGGAGCGACGCGGACGAGCUUAAGAGAGCCUAAGAGAGCGACUCAAUCCCCACGGGAGUGUCCGGGACACUGGUAGCCCGCUGGAUCAGCGCUCAGUACGGCCGAUCUCUCUCUACGAACGGCGAUAGCUUCUUCCAUUGAUGGUAACGCGCGAGCGCGCGCGCCUAAUCUCCACUUCGGACGCUACUUCGGUGACCUGUCAUCGCCUACUAAGAUAGAAGAGAUUCUAGACUGAUAAAAUACUUGUCGACUGAUUAAAACGGGAUCCGACGUCGAUUAACGGCUACGACGGUCGUUGUUUACCGAUGAUCCCGACGCCAUUCGCUUCGCGAUCGAAGCUCAGCAACGUCGCCUUUCACGAUAUACACGUCUAAGCCACCUAAGCUACCGUUAAUUAACCUAAUUGCCAACGGAAACGGCCUCGAAAUUAUUCAACCAGCUGCGGAAAGCCCCAAAGUAACGGAGAGUGACAGAGCGCGAGAACAGAGAGAGAGAGAGAGAGAGGAAGAGAGAGAGAGAGAGAGAAAGAGAGAGAAAAAGAGAGUUACGCGAGUUAGCUAACAUCUUCGCGCUCGCGCAAGUCUUGGUCGAGGCGCAGGUGCCGUUGUUCGAUAAUCGUCUCCUUCCAAGUAGCCGAGGCGAAGACACCGCGAUCUUUCCUCGUCGUCGUCGAGGAGCGUUCUCCCGGGAAUCGAGUCGAGCCCGUUGAGCGUCGUCGUAGCUAACUUCUCGAACGGCGCGACCGGCUCGUAAAUCUCGAUAAUUGCGACACCGUCGUCGUCGUCGAUUUCUGAUCGCUACUACGGUAGCCGAGCCCGAAGCGCUCAGCCCGACUGGUCCGGAUCGUGGUGAUCCGAGUUGGAAGAAAUCCAUAUCGAGAGACACACGUCGAUUCUCUCGCACGUGGUCCUCGCACAGCGGGGACCGAUCGUCCCGGGUGUCCCAGGGCCGCAGAUGGGAGCUGGUCUGCUAGAACCCGGCAGGGUGAUCAACCCCGUGCGACAGCAGCAGCGACAGCAGCAGCGACAGCAACAACCGCGCGAGCUUCCCGCGAUCGAGCGCGAACUCGCAUUCGCAUUCGCGCCCGCACGACCACGUCGUCAACCACGAGGCCCCUUCUCCCACCCGAUUCGGCCGCGCAAAUCCGAUCAAGCUGGAAUUGAUGGAGUUGGAGAACAUCGUGGCGAACACCGUGUACUUGAAAGCGAGAGAAGGCGGUGGUGACAGCAACAAAGGGAAGAGUAAGAAAUGGCGGAAGAUACUUCAGUUCCCACACAUUUCCCAGUGCAUCGGCCUAAAAGAUAAACUUGACAUCAGGUACAGCUAUGUGGUGGAUCAGCAGCCGAUCGGGCGGCUUCUAUUCAGGCAGUUCUGCCAGGACAGGAAGCCGACCUACCAUCGUUACAAUCUCUUCCUGGAUGCGAUCGAGAAGUACGAGGUCGAAAUGGACGAGAAUCGCACCGAGCUGGCGAAGGAGCUGUUCGAGCAGUAUCUGAAGAGGGAGGACUCGGAGGUGGUCGACAUCCUGAACGAUUCUCUGAUCUCGCAGUGCGAGGAACGGCUCAGUACCGGCGGCAAGGAGCUCUUCGUUGAGGUGGCACAGACGGUGAAGAACUUCCUGGCUGGUCUGCCGUUCUCAUCCUUCCUCAAUAGCUUCUACUUUUACAGGUACCUCCAAUGGAAAUGGUUGGAGGCGCAGCUGGUGACGUAUAAGACCUUCCGGAUGUAUCGGGUGCUGGGCAAGGGCGGUUUCGGCGAGGUGUGCGCCUGCCAAGUGCGCGCUACCGGCAAGAUGUACGCGUGCAAGAAGCUGGAGAAGAAGCGGAUCAAGAAGCGCAAGGGCGAGUCGAUGGUACUGAUCGAGAAGAACAUCCUGCAGAAGAUCAACUCGAAGUUCGUCGUCUCGCUGGCCUACGCCUACGAGACGAAGGACGCGCUCUGCCUCGUGCUGACCAUCAUGAACGGCGGCGACCUCAAGUUCCACAUUUACAACAUGGGCGGUGAGCCGGGUUUCGACAUAAAUCGCGCCCGAUUCUACGCGGCCGAAGUCGUUUGCGGCCUGGAGCACCUUCAUCUACAGGGUAUCGUCUACAGGGACUGCAAGCCGGAGAACAUACUGCUGGACGAUCACGGUCACGUGCGGAUAUCCGAUCUUGGUCUCGCCGUAGAGAUCACGGAGGGCGACAUGGUGCGCGGCCGGGUCGGCACGGUGGGCUACAUGGCGCCCGAGGUGAUCGACAACGAGAAGUACACCUUCUCGCCGGACUGGUUCAGCUUCGGCUGCCUGUUGUACGAGAUGAUCGAGGGCCAGGCGCCCUUCCGCGCCCGCAAGGAGAAGGUCAAGCGCGAGGAGGUCGACAGACGCGUCAAGGAGGAUCAGGAGAGGUACUCGCCCAAGUUCAGCGAGGACGCCAAGAGCCUCUGCCAGCAGCUGCUGAAGAAGAGCCCGAAGAACAGGCUCGGCUGCAAGUGCGGUCGGCACGGGGCGAAGGAGGUGAAGCUCCACAGCUUCUUCCAAUGCUUAAACUGGAAGAGGGUCGAGGCCGGUAUGUGGGAACCGCCGUUUGUGCCGGAUCCUCGCGCGGUCUACGCCAAAGACGUACUGGACAUUGAGCAGUUCUCCACGGUGAAAGGUGUCAAUUUGGACGCCACCGACGACACGUUCUACAGCAAAUUCAACACCGGCAGUGUGUCCAUUCCAUGGCAAAAUGAGAUGAUAGAGACUGAGUGUUUUAAGGAGCUGAACGUAUUAGGUCCUAACAACACGCCUACUCCAGACUUAUUGAUAAACCAUCCGCCGCCCAACAAUGAAGACAGAGGCUGCUUCCCGUUUCGGAGAAAGAGAAAGCAGAGCGCCCGCACGAGAGAGAUCCCAUUGUCGGAGUGCCACCUGUUGGAGCUGUCGCAGACGCAGAGCUCGGAGAUGCCGGCCAGCUGAUCCAGGAUGAAUGCGAGUAGCCUGAAUCGAUCGACGUCGUCGCCGUUUCGGGGCUGCUGCCGCGGCUGAGACGACGACGCGCCACGUCCAGGAGCCUCGCGCCGAGGAGGUGGCGCCCGAGUCCUCGGCAACCGUAUGAACGCGGCUGCAUGGCCCGCUUGAUGAAACGGGAAACGAGAGCGCGCGGACCCGGAGUGUCCCACACAGACACGAGUGUCCCGGUGACGUGCGUGCCGCUCGAGGCGUUCACGAGGGAAAAUCAGAGAAAGAGGGACUCGCGCGCGCGGCGAGAAGACCCGAGCACGCACGUAACCUCACCUAACGCAUCAACACGCACAUGUACACACGCAUUGCACACACUCCAGUAUUGUAGUCGUACGCAAGGUGGUGGCAUAGGCACACGUUCGCGUGAAACCAAAUAUAACUCCCCCGAAGCUCGAACACGGAAACGCUCCCCGUGCGUGUACUCGCGCAUAUAUCGACGUAUUUUCUCGAGCCGCGACGUGUCAUCGUUCGCUCAUACGUGCGAAUGGAAGUCACGGGCGGCGUAGAUAAAUAGACAAGUAGGCAGUUAGAAGUAGCUGUUGUCCGCCCGACGCGUUCGCGAGUAACUUUUCGACGUUGCGAAACGUUCGCGUGGGGAAUCGCGAAUUCACUGGAGACGGGCUAAGAGAGCGUGUCACUUCAAAUUGGCGAUGGCGAAGCGCUCGACACUCUCGGCCUCGAAAGUCUCCAAACCCAGACAGCACAGAUCUUCGCAGAACACCCCAAAGACAUUCUGAGAACGUCCUUGCGUCCUGAGAACGUCCUCAGAACAUCCUCUGCAGAUCUUGCGCUGUUUGGGAAGUCGCUGUAUGUCACAAGUCGAGGAUCAGCGUGCGCACUUAUAUGUAAAUAAAUAUACGAGUGGUUUAUACACGCGGCUGGCAAAAAAAAAAAGAUAUGCAAUCUGUUUGCGGGCAAUUUUUAUACGUACUUAUGUAAUCUCGUUCAAUUUACAUGCGUUCCCCGUCGAUCUUGGAAUUGGAUCGUUUUUUCUCGGCGAUGCACAAGCGUGUUGCCAUUCCAACGAGAGAGGAAGAAGAAAAGAGAGAGAGAGAGAGAGAGAGAGGGGGAGAAGGUUGUAUUGAUGCACAUUCUAGAGAGAGGAACAGCGGGUGUGUCGCGCGAUCAGACUUGAUCUCUACAUUUAGUGUGCGACACUUUUGAGAUGGAUACUUCUCGCAGUAAUCUCGAGAUAUUUGGUCAUCCAGCUUCAGUCUCGUCGACGAAGCUGAUAAUUACGUAAGAUCGAGUCGCUACGAACGAAUAAACUCGCAAGUGACCGAGAACUUCGGUCGGGAACGAGUCGACCGCGAACAAGCGUGUUUUAUGAUUUACGAGCGCGCGAUACGAUCUUCGAGGAUCUUGGCGCGGGUCGCAAUAGAGAGUAGGAAAGACGAGCGACGAAUGUAGACGACGAUAGCGAUAACAGGCGCACGUGGAACGGACAGGUCGUAAAAGAGCACGUGAGAGACGCGUCUCGUCUCGUUUCGUCUCGUCUUGCUUUGCUCGCUCCCGUAUCGCGACAUUAAGCUACCGAUAAACAGACACUCGAUACCACUACAAAUAAACACUCGCGCCUUCAUAGACGCUAACUCGAUAGUCCAAGGUACAUCGUGAUCCGCGUCACAUUAUGCGCAUAUACCGCGAUGCAGGGCGAGUUGUUUGGAAGACUCAGCAUCCCCCGAAAAACGUGCGAAUAAGGCCCGGUUGCACAUCAACUGAGUGUCGCCGAAACGCUUCUCAGAUUUGUCAGCGAGUGUCAAACAAGCCAACAAUAUCCCUCGUUUAUUUCGCACAUUCUAGGAGAUCCUCUGAAAGAGAAUCGAAGAAACUCAAGGAAAACAGGAGUUCAAAACAGGAAGUGUAAAACAGUACUUUGUUCCUUACCGAAGAAUGAAAUGUAAAUUUUCUCUUCUUUCCAUGUAUCCUCGAUAAAUUGUACAACACAUCGCUGUGGAAAAAAGAAGAAUUAUAAAUAUUAUAUAAAUAUACAUAUUAUUAUAAUAUUAUUAUUAUAUGUAUAAGUUAUAAAUACGCGGAUCUAUAUUGUAUUUAUAACUUAUAUGUUUAUAUACAUAUGCAAAUAUAGACACGUAUGUAAUCAAG